GUCCCCGCAGCUGGGCGCACGCCGUGUCUGGGCUGGGGGCGCCGCUGGGCUCGGGAUGCCCCCGGAUGAGGGUCUGGGGGAGCUCCGCUCCUGCUGGCGGGUCCCGGCCAUCGCCCACUUCUGCUCUCUGUUCCGCACCGCUUUCCGCCUGCCCGACUUCAGUAUAGAGGAAUUGGAAGAUGCGUUGUACCAGAACGACGUGGCAUUUCUCAGCGAGCUUGUGGCGAGUCUUCUGCAGGGCUGCUACCAGCGUCGCGAUAUCACGGCGCAGACCUUCCACGGGUACCUGGAGGACAUCAUCAGCUACCGCUGGGAACUGGAGGAGGGGAAGCCCAACCCCCUGAAGGGCGUCAAUUUCCACCAGCUGCAGUCGCGCACCAGGGUGGAGCUUCUGCACCGGCUCUGCGACUACAGGCUGGACGCCGAUGACGUCUUUGAGCUCCUCAAGGGUCUGGAUGCAGACAGCCUACGCGUGGAGCCCCUCGGAGAAGACUUGCAGGGGAAUCUGUAUUGGUACUUUUAUGGGACGCGACUGUACAAGGAGGAGCCAUCUUGGGAGAAGCGUCAGCAGGCGCUGGAAGAAGCCGCCGCCAUGCCGGAGAAGCCUGUGAGGAAGAGGGGGCGUCCUCCCAAGAAGAAGAAGCUGCUGGAACAGGCUGUGAGCUGCGAGAAGCCGGAACCGGUAACUUCAUUAGCGAUGGAAAGAGAAUCGCCCCGGAACGCCAGCUCCCCCGGUGAGGGAUUCUGGUGUCUGCUGUGCCAGACGGAGGAGGAAUGGAGGGAGCUGACGGAGAGCUUCCGGGACAAGGUUUCCCCGAAAGAGCGGCACCUGUAUAAGAUUCUGAGCGAAGAAUUCCUCCCGGAGAUCUGCAGUAUGAUAUCUCAGAAGGACAUAAAGAAAGAGCAAAGCCAUGUCACCUGCAAGAGACUGUCCGAACAUCCCGGGUUUGGAACUUUCCAGCCAGAGGGUGUGGAUCGGUCCCGAUUACUGGAGGAAGAGGAGGAGCGGCAGCUGUUGCUGGUGAUGCAGAGGAAGGAGCAGGAACUUCUGCAGAAGGAGGAGCGGAAGAGAGUGUUGGCGGAUAAGGUCCGAUCUGUGGAAGAGCGGGCGAGGAGACGGAAGCUGCGAGAGGAGCGAGCUUGGCUGUUAUCGCAGGGUAAAGAAUUACCGCCAGAAUUAUCCCACCUGGAGCCCAACUCCCCGCUACGUGACGACUACAGAGUCCCCGACCUGCUGAGCUUUGAACUGGAUGACCAUUACACAGGCAUGUACAAAGUUCUGGAUGCCGUGAAGGCACAUAAGGAUUCCUGGCCUUUCCUGGAGCCGGUGGACGAGUCUUAUGCUCCCAAUUAUUAUGAUAUUAUCACGUGUCCCAUGGACCUCUCCAGAGUGGAGCAGAGGUUAUCCUCCGGGUACUAUCUCACAAAGGAUCAGUUUGUCAGCGACGUGAAAACCAUAUUUAGGAACUGCGUCAAGUACAACGGGUCGGAUAGCGAGUACACGCAGAUGGCUGAGAACCUGGAGCGCUGUUUUAAAAAGGCGUUGCUCAAGCACCUCCCAGACGACGAAGGCGACUCUGACGGAGAUAGCUGGAUUCGAGUCGAUAACAAGGAGAAGCCCUACAAGAGGCAGGCAAGGCGCUCCAAGGUCGGGGGUUGGAGAAAGUCGAACAGCGGCCGAAAAAGGCAAAGCUCAGAGAGCAGCUUGGUGCACCAGUCCUCACCCAGUGAAGAUGGAGAUGACUUCCUGCUGCCAGCCUCCAAUAAAUUUCCAAAAGGGCAAAUGCAUCCUCACCCCCUGCAAUACGGAGGAACGCCGAGGCCAUCUUUCAACCCAAUGGAUAUGCCUAUUGGAGGGACUCCUGAAAAGUCAGACAAUAUACAAUCAGACUUUAGACCCUCUCCGGACAUCCGCAAUCCUUCAGGACCUCCAUUCCCCAUGAGAACUCCUGGGCAUGAAGAUAAGCAACACCUUCCAGCUCCAUAUUCUUCUGGCUUUACAUCACAGAUGAGACCGUUGGUACCAGAUGGAAAAGCACCUCCAUCUGCCACUUCAUACCCAUUAUAUAGACAUGGCCUUCCACCUAUGUGGAAUGAAAACAGACAGUCGAGCCACCCUCCUGGAGCUGAGCCACACCACUUCUCCCAGCCAGUAGAGCAGCGCUUCAUAAGACCUCCAAGAUCCAACUUGAAUGGCCAGUACUUGUUCAGUGGCUCCGGGAAUUCUAUGAUGGACAGUCCAGAAAUGGUUGAGAUGCAAAGACUAACAUCUUUUAUGUGUCCUCCCGAAUCAAGCUAUUCGUCACAACCCAUCCCUCCAUCUCACCCAUCCCAGCCUGCAUCUACACCAUACCCACCCCAUUCUGGAACUACAUCCUAUCCAAAGCAACCAGCAUCCUCAACAUAUCCAUCUCAACAACCAUCUACCUCAUACUCAACUCUGUCAACACCCCCACCACAGCCAUCUCAGUCCACACUACACCCAAAUAAGCCAACUCAUACAACAGUUCAAGCCCAAAACUUGCCUCUGCCUUCACCAUCAUUGCCUCCCCCGACUCUGCAAGCAGAGACUCCUCCCACACCUGAGGUUUCACCAUCUACAAAUGGAGGGCAUGCUACAGUUAUGCCCACCCAGGAGAACCCUCAACCUCCAAGCAGCACAGAGCCUACUGGUUUGAAGAAUGGGGAGGAGCAGUGGACUUCUGGAAUCGGCAGUCAAGUUGGAAAUGACCAGAAUGCAAAACUGGGCUCUCAUAAUGGUUUUGGUGUUGCAGCUGUGCCACAAAAGCCAGCUGAGAUGCCCAAGCUGAAGGAGUCAUUGGCUGGUUCCACCAAAAUAGCAUUGCAGCAAGUUAAGCAGCAGGACACUAGUCCACACCAGCCUCCGGUAAAUGCUUUUGGACUAAGACACCAAAAUGACAUGGCUCCCAUCUAUCCUAGUGGUCACAAACCCGGGCCUGUUAUGGGACAUAAUUUUGGUUUUCAACAGCCUCCAGGCAAUCAGCCAUCUGCAUUCUCGCCUAGAUUUGGGAGUGUACACCAGCAGCCUCACCAAGGAUCAUAUCCCCGGUACCAGCACCAAACGGAGGCAUAUCCGUAUCACCACCCUCAACAUGCCCAGCAACCAUACCAGCAUUACCAGCGGCCUCCUUAUUACCCUCAGGAAUACCAAAGUUGGCAUCAGUCUGCCCAGCAGGCUCCCCAGCACCCAGGUGGCUACCCCCACCAGAGUGGGUCCUUGGGCAUGCAGGACAUCGGUGAAAUGAGGAAUCUUCUAAUGUCUACUUCGCUUGAGGGUGAGCCCAGGGCGGUGCCCGGUGACAACUCAGAAGAGAUGGAAGAUAAGAGUGAAGGCUCUUUGGAGAGGCCAGAGAGCCCAAAACAAUUCCUGGACUUGGACAGUCACAAAAGACAAAGUGGAGGCUUCCCCUACGGCGUACCAAACAGUUGGGGUAACUCGAACUUCCGACCUCCAUCUAAUAUUAUGCCCCAAACUCAUUACCCACCCCAGCACCACUACCAACCCCAUGGGUACCCCCAGCAGCCCUUGCGUCCAACUCGCCACCCUGUGCGUGGGCAAACCAAUGGCCAGCCUCGGUUGGGUCCCAAUUACACACACAUGGAGAACAGGGGCCACUUCCAUGCAGUAAUGAUGGAGCAGAGAGGAGGCAUACCGCAGUUUCAGGAUAUAUACCAGCAACAAGGAAUGCGUCUCCAGAUGCAGCUCCCGCCAUUCCACAAGGGAAGAUCCCACUCACAGGGGGACACAAUGCACAGACCUCCUGCAGUGCCCUUAGACCAGCUAUCCUGGACGACAGCUCCCUCCUCCGUGCCCCUCACCCCUCCGGCUUCCGAUCUCGGAUCCCCGCUGCCUCUGUCCAUACAGGCGGGGAUCCAGUGGAGAAGCUGCAGGCUGUGCCGCCCUCUUCUCCCUGCCGCACUGAGCCCUGGCUACGCCACCUCGCACCUGCGCCCAAGGAGAGUGCCUCAGUCGCCUCAACCUUGCUAUGGCUCUCAACUGGGCAAUGCCUGGAUCCUGGACACACACCAAACACACAGGCUUGACUUUUUUCUGACUCCAAACUAA